AACCUUGUUCUCUGAGUGACGUACAUACAGUGCGACUCUCAGUGCGUUUAUGCGACGGGUGCUAGCAAUGGCGAGCGGAAAGAGGAGUUCGCUUCUCUCGUCUUUGGCAGAUUAUGGAGACGAUUCAGAGCCAGAUUCUGACAUCGAAGACGAAGAUACAGGAACAGAGGACCGAUGGGGAGGUCUCGUCUCCGCCAGCUACGGAGAAGAUGACAUCAGCCGGGUAGAAGACCCAGAGAAGGGCCCAUCUGAAGAUGAGGAGAGCGGAGAAAGCUCCCGUCACUCUGAAAUGGAGGAAUCGGACGAGGGGAAGGAUGCGGACGAUGUGAAGGAGAUCCCAGAAGCAGAGAAGAAGAACCCUCACGAGCUUGUCGCGCUCUUCUCUGAGAAAGUGAGGAACAUGUCGCCGGACAAGAUCCGGAUUCCCUCGGAGCCGGCUGGUCGCUGCCCCAGCCACCUACAGGAGAAGAUCUGCAAGCUGUACGAGAGGAAGCUGCAGGAAGGCUUCGACACCAACAACCACAUCCAGAAGAAGAAGGAGUUCAGGAACCCCAGUAUCUACGAGAAGCUGAUCCAGUUCUGUGGCAUCGACGAGCUGGGGACCAACUACCCCAAGGACAUGUUCGACCCCCACGGCUGGUCGGAAGACUCUUACUACGAAGCCCUCGCUAAAGCCCAAAAGGUGGAGAUGGACAAAAUGGAGAAGGCCAGGAAGGACCGAACAAAGAAUGGUGGCGGGUCUUUCUACAACCAACCACCGCGAGUCCCCUAUAGGCCGGUAGAGGAACUCCACAUUGAGUUUGUGACUGGCACCAAAAAGGGCACCAUUGCCGCCAACACGGCUGCCCUGGCCGCCUUGGCCUCCAGCGCCACCAGCACCACGGCCACAGCCGAGGCUCAGAAGAGGAAGAGCAAGUGGGACUCUGCGGUUCCGGUGACCGUGGCCCAGCCCCCGCUGCUCCCCGGCGGCGGGCCCAUCCCCGGGGUGGUCUCCGUGACGACCACCGCCAGCGGAACCAAGACCACCGUCAUAUCGGCGGUGGGCACCAUCCUGAAGAAGGCCAAGCAAUGAGAACGUGGUGGUGGUGGUGUCUGUGUGUGCGAAUGACUGUGUGUGUGUGUGUGUGUGUGUGUGUGUGUGUUGUUUCAGUCUCAGAUUUACUGACCCUCAGUUUGGACACUCCUGUUCCUGACCCUGGUCACAGCUGGACUACAGUCCUCUGUUCCUGACUCUGGUCACAGCUGGACUACAGUCCUCUGUUCCUGACUCUGGUCACAGCUGGACUACAGUCCUCUGUUCCUGUUCCUGACCCUGAUCACAGCUGGACUACAGUCCUCUCAUCCUGACCCUGGUCACAGCUGGACUACAGUCCUCUGUUCCUGACCCUGGUCACAGCUGGACUACAGUCCUCUCAUCCUGACCCUGGUCCAAGCUGGACCAGUUCAGCCGGUUGGCUUCUGUUGAAGCUCCGCAUGGACCCACUGCAGUCACAAUGGUUCUGUGUCUUAGAUCUCCACGAUAGAAAUGAUGGGCUUAACGUUUGUAGAUGACCUCCUUUUGGAUUCCAAAGCCAAGGAGUUUUCCAGGGAACUUCUGCUCACAGUUUUCACAACUCCCCCCUAACCCCCCCCCCCCCCCCCCAAACCUCUCCCCCACAACAGCAUUCAUGUUUUAAUUGGCUUCUUGUCAUGUUAUUUUUUUCCUUGUUCCUUUCCAACUGCCCAUUAGAAUGCCAAACUGAGUGUUGUUUUUUAAACAGUUGUACAUAUGUAUCAGUUUUCAAAAUUAAAUUGACUAACUGCAUCUUUUCAAA